AUGGUAAAGAUUGAGGCAUUCACGGUCGAACAGUGGAUGGGGAAGUAUGAGACAGGCGCUAAGUACAACAUUGCGGAAACCUGCUGCGCGCCAAUUUCGAUCAAAGAUCUCCAGGAACUUUCUAACGACAAGGACAACAACCUAUGGGCUCAACUCCAGUCUUCCACAAUCGGCUAUGGGACAGUUCCUGGCUCCGACCGACUACGAGGGAAUCUGGCUUCCUUGUACUCCGCCGAAGCACAAAAUCCCUUACCGAAAGAAAACGUGUUGAUCACGGGAGGCGCGAUUCUGGCGAACUUCCUUCUGCUAUAUACACUAAUUGGGCCGGGAGACCAUGUCAUUUGCCAUUACCCAACCUAUCAGCAGCUAUACUCUGUUCCCGUAUCUCUAGGGGCCGAGGUUAGUCUUUGGCAUUCCAAGGAAGAUGAUGGUUGGGAGUUGGAUAUCGAGGAUCUGAAACGGCUCAUCCGCCCGAACACCAAAAUGAUCAUCAUCAACAACCCACAGAAUCCCACAGGAGCCGUUAUCUCGCGCGAGACUCUCCAGAGCUUGGUCGAUAUUGCUCGCAAUUCUUCCAUCACCCUCUUCUCCGACGAAGUCUACCGCCCCCUUUUCCAAGAUGCGAGCGCCGCUCCCCCGUCGCUUCUUUCCUUUGGUUACGAGAAAACCAUCGUAACAGGAUCUGUCUCUAAGGCGUUCAGUCUCGCCGGGCUGCGCAUCGGUUGGAUCGCAUCACUAGAUAAAUCGAUCAUCGAGGCUUGCGCUGCGGCUCGAGACUACACCACAAUUACCGUCGGCCUUAUCGACGAUACGAUUGCUAGCUUUGCCCUAGCUCCGGAGUGCGUGCACAAUAUUCUCAAUCGGAACAUCAAUCUUGCCCGGACAAACCUAGCGAUUCUUGAGAGAUUCAUCGAUGCGCAUCAAUGGGCUUGUGACUGGACCAAGCCUCGUGCAGGCACUAUAGCGUUCAUUCGCUUCAAAAGGAAUGGUGAGCCGGUGGAUGACUCCGUACUCUGUGAGAAGCUUCUUGAACGGACAGGAGUGAUGGUUGCACCCGGGAGCUUCUGUUUCGGACGUGAUCAGGAUUUCCGGGGCUACGUUCGCAUGGGGUAUGUUUGUCAUACGAAAACACUCGAAAUCGGACUGGAACGUUUGGGGCAAUUCUUGGAUGAUGGUUACGAGGAGGUUCCACUGUCAAAGAAGGUGCUGGUGCCGUUGUGA